CAAAACGAUACCGGCGGAGUGUCAUCAUUAGCUGCCAUCUCUAAUAGCAACUGACAAACAUAACAAACAUUUAUUAAAAAGAAAAAUAACACUACAGUGCGUACACGCCCAAUCCACUCGAAAUGCUUUUACCAUUCUAGACAGUCGCCUUAGAUCGUUAGAUCACCCCAAAAUUCAGAUCAUCCAUUCAAAAUUCCCAGUGCAAGCCACCGAUGGAUAGCCCCUGCAAAGUCAUGGAGCAGCUGCUGGCGGCUGUCGAGGAAAGCCAGUGCCUGGCCUAUUGUCACAGCAGCACCACCGCCUCCACUCCCACGGCCAUCACAACCAUUUCAUUGGAGUGCUCCUCCAUUCCAGUCUCUCGUUUCCGGUUGGAUGGACAGCCCAUACUGCCGCCGUUGAUGACGAGCUCCAAGCGCAGGGAGGUGCAGAUGGAUCGCCAGAUGGCCAUCCAACUAGAGGAGCAGUAUCGACUGGCCAGAUGCUCGGCGGGCUCCGAAGAACGCAGAGCUUCUGCCGCGAUGGCAACCAGGAGAAGUCUGCCGCAGCUUCAGCAAACGGAGACGUUUAUUUAUGACAGUACUCAACGUCAACCGCGUCCCAAAGUACUUGGGCUGGAACAAAAGCAGCUACCCACCAUCCAUGUGGAUCCUCCCACACCCAAUAUAGAUCCACCCACGCCGCCGCACGAGGAUACUCCACUAUCGCCGCAUCGCAACAAGCCCAAUCGAAUAACCAAUCGUAUCUUGCAAUUCGAGCUGACCGGACUGGGAAAUCUUGCACCUGGUGGCGCGCCCACAGUGCCUCCUAGUCCUCCCAAGAAGUGCAUCCUGCGGUCCAGCACCAGUCCCUCCUUGGCCCAACAGCAAGAAACUGCUCCAGUCGAUGAACUGGGGGUAAAAAUGGUCACAGCAGAACCGGUUGGAUUUCAGCGCUCCAGAAGCUUUACUCUGGAUGAGCCCUCACAGGUCCUGGUCGAGCAUAUGCAGAGGACUCAUGCCCUCGUGGAACCACAAGUGCAUUCACCACGUCCCUCGCAGCUGGCCAAUUACCAGCAGGAUACCAUUGAAUCUACGGCUAAGAAGGUGAACAAGAGCCCCAGGAGUAGCUGUACCAGCACCAGUCCCACUUGCACGAGGCGGAGAGAACGGGAACGCGUUGAUAACCCGGAGAGGGAACGCGAGAUCGAACACAUGAUAGAACGGGCUUUGGGUGAGCAUGGUCCUGUGGAUUCUUCCCGCAAGGCAGGGAUUCGCAAGUACCUGCGUGGUCAUCGGGAGCGGCUCAAUCAGUUGGUACAAUACCAGGAGGCGGAACGCAGGCGCAUGCAGGCGGAGUUCGACCGACAGCAACGUUUCUUAAUUGACGCUUUAUGCGCAGAAAUCGAUGAAUCUGCGUCGGUGGGCCCACCGGAGAGCCUGGUAUCGGCGUAUACAAGCACUGGGGAUUUGGAAAGGCAGAUGGCGAGCAGUUCGCUGAGUGCGGACAUUAGCAACCGGGAGUUGACCACGCCUGGCUGGUCGUCGUGUCUGGAGACCUCGCCGCGGAGUUUCGACGAUCUGGACGAGUUCCUUCAUAUGGAAGAUAGCUGUAGGUUGGCUGCCUCAACUUCAUCGCGGAAGCGACUCUUCAGUCCUAAGAUGUCACUGACCUACGACUCCGAACCGCAGCCAUUAGAGGAGAUGAGUGCGCCAAGCACUCCGCGAUCCCUGCCAUUGCGGAACAGUAGUUUAAGCAAUACCAGGCGUAGACCAGGACCAGGAUCCGGUCCCAUCCCACAAGCUUCACAAGUUCCACCUCAACCAAGAAUGCGGCCCCGGACUGUGGGCAGUCCCAGAAAAAGCAGUGGCGGUAGCUCGGGUCUGGUUAAAUCUCCGGUCAGGGUUGUAGGAGGAGGAAGCGGCAAAAAAGGAUCGUCCGGAAGUGGCAAUUCCGCACCAUUAAAGAGAAAUGGGAACGUGCGACACAUGAAUCAGUCUGUUCAGAGUUCGGGGCCAGCUCAGGCGAUGUGGAGUCCCAUGAAGACGAAGAAGAUACCAUCACCUGUGCGGAGGAACAAUAAUCAGGACGCGAAUUCGGGGGAAAAUUUUGAGCAGGAUACGCGUGAGUGGGCAGCUACGAGAAUUAAUGCCGCUGCGAGGGGUUUUCUGGUGCGACGACUCUUCGGUACUGAGCAAGUGCAGCGGAUAGUCCAGACCAUUCGGGAUACCUUGAUAUUUGUGCUCAAUCUGCAUCUGGAGACCUGUGGCAAUGGCCAGGACGCCAAGGAAACAGCGAAUCUCCGUUUGAAAGCACGGCUAUUGCAACAGCUGUGCUCGGCCAGUCGCACCCUGCACCUUAUUUUCUUUCAAACGAGCAUCAAGGAGCGCAUGGACAUCAUCUCCAGGGAUCGGAAACGUAUCAAAACCAAGCUCCUGGCGAUGCACCUGAAGCAUCGCUAACUGGUUUCCAUUUUUACACCAAUUUCCUUACUAAAUCAGAUAUUUGUUUUAACCCGAAUGAAAAACUUGCGCUUUUCCAUAA